AAGAGCUAGGGUGAAAGAGGGCAAAUCAGCCAGCGUCUCCUCAUUUUUCAUUCCAGAAACUUCUUAUCAACCAUGGCCCAAAAUCAAAAUCUGGUCGAGUUAACCGAGAAACUAAGCUUGUCUUCUUCGAGCAAGAUAGUGUUAACCAGCUCCGACGGCGAUUCUUUCGAGAUCGACGAAGCAGUGGCUCGCAAAUCCGAGACCAUAGCUGAAAUGCUCGAAGCCGGCUGUGCCGGAGAAAUCCCGCUUCACAACGUCACCGGGGAGAUCCUCGACAAAGUCAUCGACUACUGCAAGACGCACGUCGAAGAAGCUGGUCCGUUUGGAGAAGAAGAAGAAGAAGAAGAAGAGAAAAAGGCGAAGAAGAAAUGGGAUGCGGAGUUCAUGAAAGUAGAUCUUGAAACCAUGUUCGAGCUCAUCCUGGCUGCUAACUAUCUCAACAUCCCAGGCCUUCUCGAUCUUACAUCCCAGGCGGUCGCAGAUCACAUUAAAGACAAAACACCAGAGGAUGUUCGCGAGAUUUUCGGCAUCGAGAACGAUUUCACACCCGAAGAAGAAGAAGCUGUUCGCAAGGAGCACGCUUGGGCUUUUGAAUGAUUCUAGAAUUAAUAAUAAUGUUCUUAGAUCUGUUGUGGAUCUUGAUUUGACUUGGCCUCUUUAGUUUCCAAUGAGUAUGUCUAUCGUCUCUUUAAUUUCAAUGCUUGCAAAAACUCCGCCGGUGGAAGCUAGCUAGGGCUUCGCCGCCGUUUUCAUAAUAGGAUUAGGGUUUUUUCUAAUAAAGAAAAGGUAAUGUGGACCAAGACGACUCAAUAUUUUCAAUCAACUACUAGUUCACAAGCCA